AUAAAAAAAUCUAUGGAGAUAACAGGAUAAAGGAGUGAGCGGUCGUGAGCCCCAUGCUCUUCACUCCACCUCUCACUCUCCCCCUUCAAUGGCAAUGGCAUCAUCAUCAUCAUCCAUCCUCUCCUCCACCCCUACCUUCCACCUUCUUCUCCGUCGCUGCCGACCACCAACCCUCCCUCCGUCCCAUCUCCGCUUCCAAGCUCCCAAGUCCUCCACCCCCAACUCCUCCCGGCCAAGCCUACCAACCUUUCCGCCCUCCUCCUUCCCCUCUUCCCCCCAAGUUCCGCUCCCUCACCCCCAUCGAACGCCUCGACGUCCUCCGCGACCGUCUCGGACUCUGGCACGAUUACGCCCCUCUCAUCUCCUCCCUCCUCACCAGCGAGGGCUUCACUCCACCCUUCAUCGAGGAGAUCACCGGCAUCACCGGCGUCGAGCAAAACCGACUCGCCGUCGCCGCCCAGAUCCGCAACUCCCUCAUCUCCUCCUCCUUCGAUCCCGAUCUCCUCCCUUCUUUGAUUCUCUAGGGCGGCGCCGAACUCCUCUACGAGCUCCGCUUCCUCAACGCCACCCAGCGCUCCGCCACCGCCCGCCACAUCGCAAUCAAUCGUUUUGACGCUAAGUCCGCCCAAGAACUCGCCCGCGCCGUCAAGGAUUUCCCCCGCCGAACCGGCGACGAUGGUUGGACCUCCUUCUCCGCGGAUAGCCCCAGCGAUUGCCUCGCUUACACUUACUUACGAUUGGGCUUGGAGGCGCUCGCGACGCCGGAUCGGAUCGCGGCGCUGGAGAAGGCGUUGGAUUUAGCGGAGACGGAGUCGGCCAAGGCGCUGAUCAAGAAGGAGAUCGAGAAGGCCCUCAAGGGCGACGGCGCCAGCGAUGGCGACGAUGAGGAGGAGACAAAGUUGAGAGUCCCUGUGGUGAGGUUGAGGUACGGGGAAGUAGCGGAGACGUCAUCGGUGGCGUUGUUCCCGGUGGUGAGAGAGAUGGACGGUGCGGAAGGGGUGGAGGCGGCGCCGGCGUGGUGUAAGGCGGAGGGAGAGAUGGGAGUGGUGGCGGCGGAGAAGGGGUGGGGGAGAUGGGUGGUUUUGCCGGGGUGGGGGCCGGUGGUGGCGCUGGAGAGUGGUGUGGCGGUGGAGUUUGGGAAUGCGAAGGUGUUGCCGUGGAAGAAGGGGAGGUAUGAGAAGGAGACGGUGGUGGUGGUGGUGGACCGGCGGCGGCGAGCGGUGGAGACGGCGGAGGCGUUGUACUUGGUGGCGGGAGAGAGAGAUGAGAAGAAGGACAAGGGAAGGUUGGGAGUGAAGAGAGGUAAGGAGUUGAUAGAAAAAGGAAUUGAGGGUAGUUUGGGAAAUGUGGUUAUGGUUGUCAUGCCACCAAAAGAGGAAGAUGAUCAAUUGAGGGAUGAAGAUUGGGAUUGAGUCUGGUUUUCCCUAAUUGU